AUGCACCUCCCAACCCCCAUCUCCACCCUCCUCCUCCUCGCCACCUCAACCCUAGCCUACGACUCCAUCUCCUUCACCACCUGGAACUGCACAGACUGCAGCCCCGUCCCAGGCACCUUCUGCUCCGUCAACACGCGCAGCCAGCUGCCUCCCAACCUGUGCAUCCCAAUGUGGAACGGAAGCACGUACAUUCGGACUUUUGACGCGACGAUUCCGUCAUGCCAAGUGAAUCUUUACUUGGAAGAUGAUUGCACGGGCGCGGCGGAAGUGCAUAGGGAGAAUGGCGGGAGGUGCGAGACCAAGGGGCCGACGAAUUCUUUCCAGAUUACUUGCUAG